AUGCUCUUCAACGCCCUCAUCCGCACGCACCACAUAACCUCCCGCAAAAAAGUCUCCGCCCUCAAACGGGCCGCCGACUCCCACAACUGCUUCGUACUCCUGCGCUCCGGCGGUUGUCCGGGGAUUAUGUACGUCGAGGCCAAGGACAAGGAAGCAGUUGAAUCCUGGGUCACGGUGGUGAAAAAGUUGCGGUACAAAGAUUUCCAAUUGGUUGCGCGGCCGGGGAGUCUGCAAGACGCGGCUGAGGAUCAUCAAUCGUCUGCGCCGAGCUCGCGACGGCCUGAUAAGGCUACCUUGGGAAUUAAGAACUCUCUCAAGGAUGAGCGCGAGUAUGUGGAUAAACCUGGGCUGCGAGAGGUUGAUUCGGUCAAAGAAUUUGGUGGUAUGAUGGAAGACCGGGGAAUCUGGGCUUGGUGGCGGAAGAGUAUGGGAUACGCCAGUUGA